CAAAUAUAUGAUAGUGCCCCAUUUGUUUUUUCACGUGGCACUCUAAAAUACACCUAUCCGUUUGCAGAUGUAUAUUGGAGCUCGUACCCUGUUCCAUAAUCUGCAAUAAAAUGAUGAUAAUCAUCAUCAUCAUCAUCAUCAUCACCACCAUCACCAUCACCUUCUCUUCCUCCCUAUUAUUAAUAUAUCCCUUCACUUUCAUCCUAUCGCUUGCAUUUUCACCAUGGUAAACAAAACACCGACCUCGUGGUUGUCAAUGGUGAAAAGGGCUCUCGGGUCUAAUGCUAAAGAUAACGAGAAAAAAAGUUGCAGAACAAGAGAGAAAAGAAGAUGGCUAUUUAAAUGGUCUCAACAACGUAAACCCAAAACCAAAUCACAAUCCAUUGCAGCUGUUAACAUCGUUAGGCUUAAUUGCAGAGCUUCCAAUUACGCCAUUGUUGGAGAAAAAAACCAAGCUGCUAUUGUCAUUCAAACAGCUUUUAGAGGCUACAUAGCAAGGAAAGCAUUGGGAGCAUUGAAAGGGGUAGUGAAGCUUCAAGCUUUAGUGAGAGGGCACAAUGUGAGAAGGCGAGCAAAGGUGGCGCUAAAAUGCAUGCAAUCUUUGGUUCGAGUGCUGCUCCAUCAACAACGAGCGAGGCUUUCAUAUGAAGGGUGUAGAACGGCCAUGUUUAUUGAGUCCAACUCAUCCUGGGAAUCUCCAUGUCUGCAAGAUGUUCGUAGGAGAAAGUCCAUCACAUUGGAUAAAGAUGAAAAAGAGGUCGAAGAAGCAACGAAAUGGCUCGAUCGACGGAGGGCAACAAAGCAAUGGGAGAGUCACAAUAGGGCUUCCAUUGAUAAAAGAGACUCCAUUAGAGAGCCUCUGCAAUUACGUUUAGCCAGCCUUCGGUGUCUUAAAGAGAAAUCAUCGUACCACUCGGCAGCAAACAGCCCGAGGUUGAUGAUGGUGCCGAAUUAUAUGGCGGCCACGGAGUCUGCGAAGGCUAAAGUGCGGUCCCAAAGCACCCCAAGCCAAAGGCCGGGAAAUGCAGAGAGGGCUGGUGGGGGUAAAAUUUCUCCACGUUCAACUUCUGAUCUGAGGUGGAUGAAAUUAUAAAUUGAGACAUUUUGAUGUCUACUUUUCAUGGAAGAUAUGAUUUAACCAUUAUUUAUGUAAUUUGAAAAAUUGAAAUUGGAAAUUACCAUAUUGAGAAGUACAAUAUUUUGUUGAACAAAAAUUGAAAUCUCUCCUAUCUUUUUCAAUUUCGAAAUUGGUCUCUCUAAAAAAUUCAAAGCAAUUUAUCCCUAUUAAUUUCAGAAAUGAGCAACCA